AUGACGGAAGGAGCUAUUAUUCAAGGCUCUUCACCUGCCAUGCGAAGAAACUCUCAAUCGGCUAAUUUAGCCGAGGCUUUAUCAACAAUUGUUGAUACAAACUCUCAAAUACAAACAGACUGUAAUAAUAAUUGUGAUUCUGACGAAAAUUUGACCGGAUUUAUUGAUGAUUUGGGAAGGCGUCUGCAAAGUACAUCGAGCGAGAUUGUCGUACGACAGCUAAUCGCACGAGAUACCGAUGGUUUAGCUGGUUUAAGGGAUAGAGUAUUGCAACUGGUCCGUUCUAAGUGGAGUUGCUGUCCAAAAGGCGAACUUCAGAGGAGAAUUACAAGAACUAGGGGAACGUCGGCGUCAGAGAAGCUCGCACAAGAUAUUGUAUUGCUUGUGAAAUUUUACGAGAGCGGCGAAGGAAGUCAAGCGCUAAAGGACAUAUUUCGCAAGGUCAGGAAUACGGAUUGUAGUUACGCUCUCGGAGAUAAGGAAACGAACGCUUUUGAUCAACCUAAUCUCAAGAAACUACUCGAAAUUGUCGAAGAUUUAGAAGCAAAAUUUGUUGAAACAAAUAUUCAACAUAAAACAGAUAUUGACAAAUUGAAAGACGAACUUAAUCAUAUGCAAUUACAUUUAGCCGAAAAAGACUCAAAAAUAUACUCGCUAGAAAAGGAGGUGUCGACGUUACGAGCUAAUUGCCGUGCUUCAAAAGAAUCUCUAAAUUCGAAAUGCGAAAGCAUCUGCGUCGAGAUGGAAAAUAUUUCUAAAAUGGCAGAACAGAGAAAGUCAAAGGAAAGUAUUAAAAUAUUAACGAAAAAAAAUUUGAAUAAUUCUGUAGAGUUUGGCAAUACUGAACUUGCACACCCAGGACCCAAGGGAGCUGUUAACAAUGGUACUCAGCCACGAUCCUUCGCUGCUGUAGCGAGUGGCAGUAAUGAGGACAAUGAGCAAGUUACUAUUGUGAGUGUUAUUGAUUGUGAACAAAGCGAAGGACAAAUUAAUACAGUUCUAGUUAAUGAUGAUGAUAGUAACAAAGGCGAGAGCGCAAAUGACCCGGAACCGCCGUCGAAUAAUACCGAUUGUCCAAAACAAAGUCAAGUAAUUAGAAGUUCAAAAACAAGUGAAAAUCAAAAUGAAGCGAGUUUAGUUGACUCAAAGGAGUUUAUUGGCGUGGAACGGCGCAACACAAAACGAUUGUAUCUAGGUGGUGUUAAAGACGGGGUUCACGCGAGCACUAUAAAAGAAUUUAUGCAGGGAAAAGGCGUUCAGCCGACUUUCGUACGAAUGAUGAAAAGUCGGCGAAGCGGCACCGUUGCUGUGCGUAUAAAUGUCAGAGCUUCAGAUAUUAAGGAGAUUCUUGAACCAAAUUUUUGGCCGAAAAAUGUAUACGCAAGGGAAUGGCUCUCCAAAGAUAAAUGGGAAAAACGGUCAGUGAAAUCUGACAGAGAUCCAUCCAGAGAACCGCCUUCAUAA